CGCUGUCGCGAUUCGAUCGGAAGCGAUCACCUUUGCACUAACACCGAUUUCCAAUUCCGUAACCGUUUCCACGACCGUGGACCGUGUAGAGCAGACCGCCCGCCAGUGUAUGUGCGUGUCACUGUUGAAGUGUCGACGUUGUCACCUUAGGAGAAUUUACCUGUCCGCGCACGAGUCUUGCGAAGUAAAAAUCGCAAUUCGCAACUAUAGAACAAUCAUUAUUUACGCUGCACAAAAUUGUUGUAAUUAUUAUUUCUUACGCACACUAUACCGUGUCGAUUAUCGGCCGCCGUCGCGUUAAUAAUAAUAAUACAAUAUCAUUUUAUGAGUAUAUAUAUGUAUGUGUAAUGUAAUUAUAUUUAUAAAUAAUUUGCAACACUCAUCCGUCGUCCACGACAAACGUGGGCCCCCGGGACGUCUGUCGCUCGCGUUAUCGGAAUUUUCCGUUUAUUAUUAAACUGUUUCAUCAUUUAAAUCACGACUGCAGUGUACACCUAAUUAAAAGUAGUAAAAUUUGCUUAUCGCCGACUUCAACGCGAUACGAACAACAGCCGGUUCAAGUGAUUAAAAGAGGAGGAAGUUACGAGUCAUUUGGAUUUCGUACUUUUGUAGCCGGUUCUACAAUUCACUGCCAUCGCCGACUGUCGUCCCGCGUCUGUCAGUCACUGCUCGGCGCUCGCACUAAUAGCCGUUUACUCAUUCGAGUGCCGUCGUCUCUCGUGAACUACGUUAAGAGUCAGUAUUGUCGCUGUCGGUAUGUCUGUCUGAACUUUCACUGUGGCUAAAGUACGUUUCUAACUUGGUUUCCCCAGUGGCUGAAGAGAUAAUAAGAUUGUUUUCUGUAUUAAUUCGACAUCCGACGAAAAGUACUUAUUUAAUUCAUUAUGAGUGAUGACGGUGAUAUUAUUCCAAGUGUUAUGCAAAAUGGUGGAAAUCAAUAUAAAAUAAAAGAGAAUUCAUUUUUACCUAGUGUUGUUGAUGAAAAUAACACAAAAAUGAGUUUUGACAACUCAAAACCAGCAGAAAACUAUGGGCCAGACCAAGUUUUACCUGCUUCUCAAAAAUAUACAAGUGAAGCGAAUGGUCGAGUUACUUUAAGAAUUGAGGCUGGUUCAGAUAUUACUCCCAUAUCUGUACCUGGACUUUUAACUAGAAGUGCUGAAAAAUAUGGAGAUCUACCUGCUUUAAAUUAUAAAUCUGACAAUAAAUGGGUCAAAGUUACUUACAAAGAAUAUGAACAAAAUGUACGAACUGUUGCCAAAGCAUUUAUAAAGUUGGGCCUUGAAAGAUUUCAUGGUGUUUGUAUAAUCGGUUUUAAUUCUCCAGAAUGGUUUUAUUCAGACUUGGGUGCUAUUUAUGCUGGUGGUUUCGCUGCUGGAAUGUAUACAACAAAUCUUGUGGAUGCUUGUUUCCACUGUUUAGAGACAAGUAAAGCAAAUAUAGCUGUAGUUGAAGAUAGCAAACAAUUAGAGAAAAUACUAUCAGUAAAAAGUAAAUUACCCCACUUGAAAGCCAUCAUUCAGUAUGAAGGAAAACCUACUGAAGAGGGUGUUUUAUCUUGGGAAGAUGUAAUGAGAAUUGGAUUAGCUGAAUCUGAUGAAAAAUUAAAUGCUAUUUUGAAAACCAUGGGAGUCAAUGAGUGUUGUACAUUAGUUUUUACGUCUGGAACUGAAGGUGCAUCAAAAGCUGUCAUGGUUAGUCAUGAUAAUCUCACAUAUAAUGCACAUAUGAUCACAACAUUUUUGUCCUUAGUCGAUGGCAAAGAAGUUCUUGUAUCAUAUUUACCUUUGAGUCAUGUAGCAGCACAAAUCACUGAUAUAUAUAGUGCGAUCACUUUAGGGGCUCAAGUAUAUUUUGGUGAAAAAGACGCUUUAAAGGGUUCUUUAGUGAGUACACUUCAAGCUGCUAGACCUACAGUGUUUUUGGGUGUUCCUCGUGUUUGGGAAAAAAUCAAUGAAAAGUUAGUGAGUAUUGGCCGAAAAUCAGGUUCAUUGAAAAAAUACAUUGCUGAUUGGGCUAAAGAAGUUGGCUUAAAUCAUUAUGAAGAUGCAAUGAAAGGAGUUGAAAGAGAAACAUAUUCGUAUAAAUUCUUCAGAUGGUUAAUAUUUAGUCGCAUCAAAAGUGCUAUUGGUUUCGAUAGAUGUAAAUAUUUUAUUUCAGCUGCUGCUCCUAUAUCAGUAGAUAUAAAGAAGUAUUUUAUGAGUUUGGAUAUACCCUUAUGCGAAGCAUUUGGAAUGUCUGAGUGUGGAGGUGCACAUACGCUGAGUAAUCCAAUCGAUGAAAAUGUUGCUGGUGUUGGAAAAACAUUAGAAGGAGUUAGGUCAAAAAUCGACAAACCUGAUAAGGACGGUAACGGCGAGUUGUGUGUUUAUGGACGUCAUGUGUUUAUGGGUUAUUUGAAUAUGCCAGAUAAAACCGAAAGUACCUUAGACACUGAUGGAUGGCUUCAUUCUGGUGAUAUUGCCCAAAUAGAUGAUAAAGGAUAUGUUACUAUUACUGGAAGGAUAAAGGAGUUAUUAAUCACAGCAGGCGGAGAGAACAUACCUCCUGUUUUGAUUGAAAAUAAUGUUAAAGCUGAAUUACCAGUUAUUAGCAAUGCUUUCUUAAUAGGAGACAAGAGAAAAUUUUUGUCAAUAUUGUUAUCUUUAAAGUGUGAAGUAAAUGCUGAAACUGCUGAGCCACUUGACACUUUAACACCUGAAGUGAUUACAUGGCUAUCGUCACUUAAUUGUAAUUUUACCAAAGUGUCAGAGGUUGUAGCAAAUAAACCUAAAGAAGUAAUGGAUGCCAUACAAAAAGGUAUUGAUGCAGCAAACAAGAAAGCUAUAUCUAAUGCACAGAAAAUCCAGAAAUUUACACUUCUACCUGUUGAUUUCUCCUUGCCUACUGGUGAAUUAGGUCCUACAUUAAAAGUCAAGCGUCCAGCGGUGAAUGAUAAAUACAAAGAUUUAAUCGAAGAGUUCUACAAAAACUGAUAAAACUGUAUUGAUUUAAUAUAAUUUUUAUUUGUGUUACUCAAUUAAUUAUACACUACACAAGAAAGGAAAAUUAAAAAAUACAAAUUGUUAACACAGGGUGCUUGAAUAAGUAAUUUUCUUUCAUUUUGUACCAGUGAAACAUCUGUAAACUUAUAAAAAAAAUUUUUUUUUGAAAUUGUAUAUCUUCUUCUUUAUCCCUUGAAACUAUUGUUGUUGUACUUAAAUAAAUAUGAGUAAGUUAUUUUUAAUUAUAUUUCCUGUUACCUUGUGAUCUGAA